AUGAUCAUCAGACGCGUUCAUACAUUAGGCAGACAUUUAAAUCGCAAAAACUGCGCUUCAAAUUCGAUAUACAGUCCAGCCACAUCGUGGGAAAGUAACCAAAGUUAUAUCUACAACAAGGGCAAGAAUCCUUUGGUUUAUCGUAACGUUGGUCAAGAAUUGGAGAAGGCUGCCAGAAUAUAUGGAUCAACGGAGGCAAUCGUAUCGUAUCAUGAGGGUAAACGGUAUACAUUUACGUCGCUGAUCGAUGAGGUAGAUCGCAUCGCUGCAGGUUUCCUUAAACUAGGACUAAAGAAGGGCGAUCGUGUGGGAUUGUGGGGCCCCAAUAAUAUCCACUGGUACUUGACAAUGAUGGGUGCGUGUCGAGCCGGCCUCGUGUCGGUAGGUAUCAAUCCUGCAUUCCAAGCUCCCGAAUUGGAGUAUUGUUUGAAAAAAGUCAAUGUGAAAGCUAUCGUAUCCCCUCUAACACACAAAACACAUAAUUACUAUGAAAUUAUACGUUCGCUGUGUCCCGAAAUUUCAUCGAGUCAAAAAGGCGACAUUAAGAGUGAAAACUUGCCACAUUUAAAGGCCGUCAUCAUAGACACCGAUGAAGCGCUCAAGGGAGCACUUACAUUCAAUGAACUCUUAGAUAUUGGCAAUAAAGAGGAUUUGAAAGAAAUUGAGAAACUGCAGCCCUACAUCAUUCCCGACUCGCCGUGCAACAUUCAAUUUACCUCUGGCACAACAGGUCAACCGAAGGCUGCUGUUCUCUCCCACUUCAACUUCGUCAACAAUGGUAUUCACAUUGGAAAUCGUAAUCAGACAACGGGUGCUCGGAUAUGUGUGCAAGUACCUCUGUUCCAUGCAUUUGGCGUUGUCGUCACCAUUAUGCCAGCAUUGUCUCAUGGUGGCACUUUGGUUUUACCCGCCCCCGCUUUCAAUCCGGAGGCAUCUCUAAGGUCGAUAGUCGACGAAAAGUGUACAGUCAUCCAUGGCACACCGACAAUGUACGUUGAUCUGAUCCGAAAACAAAAGGAAUUGAAUUUGCCACUGAGUACUCUCAAAAUGGCCGUGACCGGUGGAGCAAUUUGCACGCCACAACUGUUUCUCGACAUGCAGAAUAUUUUGAAAGUAAAAGAGUUUAGGAACGUCUACGGUCUUACGGAAUCAACAGCGUCUAUUUUUCUAACGCGCGCCAACGACACCGUUGAGCAAAUCCUAACUACGGUGGGUCAUAUCCAGGACGACAUCGAGGUUAAAGUUAUUGAUAAAGAUGGCAACACCGUACCAUUCGGCCAGCCUGGAGAGUUGUGCGUUAGAGGCUACCUUACAAUGCUCGGUUAUUAUGGAGAUGAGCAGAAAACGAAGGAAACCAUUGGAUCCGAUAAAUGGUUGCGUACAGGAGAUCAAUUUGUGUUACAACCGGAUGGAUAUGGUCGCAUUGUAGGUCGCCUAAAGGAAAUGAUCAUCCGAGGCGGUGAAAACAUUUUCCCCAAAGAAAUUGAAGACUUCCUCAACACCCAUGAAAAUAUAAUGGAAGCCUAUGUGAUUGGUGUUCCCGAUGAACGUCUGGGCGAAGAACUUUGUGCAUUUUUACGUUUACAAGACGAUACCAAAGAAAUUACCCGCGAUACACUUAAAGAAUUUUCCAAAGGAAAAUUAGCAUAUUUUAAGGUUCCCCGGUAUGUUGUCACUGUGAAAGAAUUUCCCAAAACAACAUCCGGGAAGAUCCAAAAGUUCAAAUUACUCCAACAAUUUAAGACAAUGCAAGAAAGUAAUGCAUCUACAUAA